AUUCAGUCAGGCUACUCCCUGUCGUAGUGUUUCAAAUUUCUCUUGGACCAUCCUCCAGGGUAUCGACCAAGUACAAUGCACCAGAUCUAUCCUGUAAUCUAUCCAUUAUCCAUUCACCUGUCCAUUCAUCUAUUCGUGCAUUUGCACAACAAUUAUUGGACCCUUGUAACACUACCCAAAAUCCUCGAGACACUCACUUCUCAACUGAAGUUGCAGAGCAGCCAACAGGCAAGAUGUUGUCCAUUUACGACCGAGGACAGAUGAUCGGUAUUCAUAUUGGCUGUUCUGGCACGCUUCCAAAUGUUUAAAACCUUUGUCUUUCUCCCUCUUCUCACAGAAGAUUAAUCGCUCCAACUCUUGCAAGUGGCGUGGUCAACAUUGCCUGACAUAGUCUACUGAAGACUCCUACACCAUGCAAUCAACUCCUCUGCCUUCUCACCAUGUCUCCAUUUUGGACCUCUUCUUCCCCGGCUUCACCGGCAUCAUCGCGGCGCUCCAUCAGCUUGUUAACGGAAACCUGGAUGGCUACGCCAGCUUUUUGUGCAUUUGCGGGCUCAUGAUCGUUUGUGGCAAUUUUCUAUACAGGACCAUGGAAGAAUUGAUAAACAGUUACUUCACUUCGAAAAUCGAGGUCCACGAUCCAGACGAAGCCCAUAACAUGCUUGAAUCGUGGGUAUCUGCCCAGAAGUUCGCCAAGGAUGCCCCUUCCUCACUUGCUAGUGUCGACAGCAGAGGAAAAGCCUUCGUCCAUCUCAACUCUGACGUCACGGGUAAGAAGCCUCUACGGUUCACUCCUUGGGGAAAACGUCUGUCUUUCUGGUAUAAGGGGCGUCUCCUCACUUUAAAAUACACGGAGAACCAAUCUGCCUUGUUUCCGCGCAAAACAAUGACAGUCUCCUGUAUUGGCCGUUCUUCGGAGAUCCUACGACAACUCAUGGACGAAUGUCGACUACAAUAUCUGAGACUUUCCGAGGACAAAACUUCCAUCUUCGAGCAUCACAACAACGGCUGGAAAAGGACCAUUACCCGAGACAUCAGACCGAUCAACACCGUGGUCAUGAAUGAAGAACUGAAAAAUAUGCUUCUCGGCGAUAUCCGCUCGUUCCUUGAUCCCGAAGCGCGAGCAUGGUAUGCCAAUCGGGGGAUUCCGUACCGAAGGGGCUACCUGUUGUACGGGUGCCCUGGAACUGGAAAGUCAAGCCUCAGUAUGUCCAUUGCUGGCUAUUUUGGGCUGGACAUAUAUGUUCUCAGCCUUGCCGGGAUCAACGAUGGGCGGCUUAGUGCCUUGUUCACCGAGCUUCCUCAGCGUUGUGUCGUCUUGCUCGAGGAUGUGGACGCGGUUGGCACGACACAAUCCCGGGAUGUCCACACGGAGGAGCCUGACUCGCGGUCAGAGGUAUUACGAAGUUCAUCAAAGACACCAGGGGCUCUCUCAUUGUCUGGACUCCUAAACGUCCUCGACGGCGUGGCUUCGCAGGAGGGGCGUGUUCUCAUCAUGACGACAAACCACAUAGAGCAUCUAGAUGACGCUCUGAUACGGCCCGGCCGCGUCGACAAGAAAAUCGAGUUCCAGCUUGCCGAUACUGGUGUGAUCACAAAGCUAUUCUGCACUGUGUUUGAACAGUCAGAACAGGAGCUGCCGGAUGCAGAGAAGCGAGCCAACAACAACGAGGAGGUUCAGCGGUUGGCAAUUGAGUUUGCGGGCGUGGUACCGGAACAGGAGUUUAGCCCGGCCGACAUCCUUUCUUUCCUCCUCGCAAACAGGGGUUCUCCAUCAAGCGCCUUAAAUGACGCGAAGAGAUGGGUGUCUCAAGUCAGAGGGGACGAAACGCUGAGCCGGAGUGACUCCUGGGUCCGCAGCGAUUGAGGUUGGAGCGAUGCAUUUACAGUACCUACACUCCUUCAUAGUUUUGUUUUGUAAUUACUGUAUCUGCCACUCACCGCUGUACACAUAAGCCCCGGAGAAAGCAAUUGAAUCAUUUUGUC